AUGAAACUCUUUGCAUCAAAAGCUUUGCCAACUUCUUCUCCUGGUAGUGGUAUUGCAUUCGGAUGCAUGGGCAUCAGUGCAUUCUAUGGAACCCCCAUGGAAGAUACCAAGGCUUUGGAGCUGUUGAAGGGAGUCUAUGACAGAGGCUGCCGUCACUUUGACACAGCUGAAAUUUACGCCACCAAAGGCUACAAGCCUAAUGAAGCCAUUCUGGGAGAAUUCUUUCAGACCGUCCCAAGAGAUUCCUUUACUGUGGCCACCAAGUACAUGCCAUCGAGUGGCAAUCCAAGUGUGUAUGAAUACGAGGACGUCAAGGCUCAUCUGGAAGCUUCCUUGAAGAAGUUGCAAAUGGAAUCGGUUGACUUGUACUAUGCUCAUCGUGUCCUGAGCGUCGAAGGCGGCAUUAAAUUUGUCAAGGCUGCAAAGAAAUUAAAGGAAGAAGGAAUGAUCAAGGAGAUUGGCUUGUCCGAAGUCAGUGGAAGCUGGUUGAAGAAGAUUUGCCAAGAAGCGGGCCCAGUGGAUGCCGUCCAACAAGAGUGGAGUCUAUUGACCCGCACCUUGGAAGCGGAUUUGGUACCAGCUUGCAAGGAGUUGGACGUGACCAUCGUGGCUUACUCUCCCUUGUCGAGAAAUUUGCUGGCCAAGAAGGUCGAAUCAUCGGCUUUGGGAGAAGGUGAUUUCCGUGCGAAUCUACCACGAUAUGCCAAGGAAGCUUUGGAAGCCAACAACAAGAUUGUGGACAAGAUUGAAGAGUUGGGCAAGAAGCAUGAUGCCAGUCCCGCCCAAAUUGCCAUAUCGUGGAUCUUUCACAAGGCCAAGGAAAUGGGGGUUUCCGUGAUCCCCAUUCCUGGAACCACCAAGAUUAAGAAUGCCGAAAGCAACAUGGGAUCGGUCAAAGUGGAACUAUCCGAUGAGGAAUGCAAGGAAUUGGAGGCCUUGUCGGCAUUGGUGAAGGGAGAACGAUACCAAGAUAAUUUUAUGGGGAAUAACAUGUCGAUUGAGAGCCAAAAGUAG